AUGGAGCAUUUUCUUAUUGAUCAUGCUUCAAACGAUCAUUUAUUAGCAAUAACUGGUCAAACAAUAAUUCAUUAUAACUAUAAUCAACAACUCUCCAUCGAUACAAAUCACUGUCAGAACGAACGAACAACAAUAACGGAGACUUUACGAGGCAUAAAACGUAAGAGCAGUACGGGUAGUGACGAUAUGCAACAGCAACAUCAUUCGUCAUUCCAUCAUCAUCAUCAGCAUCAGCAGCAGCAUCCUCAUACUCAACAACAAUCGUCACAUCAUCCUUCUCAUCAUCAUCAAUAUGAUACAUUAACAAUGCAACAACAGACAACUACAAAUGUUGUUACACUACAUCCAUCUGCAACUAUCCUUUUAAGUGGACCAUUAGCUGGUUCAAAUUCAUCUCAACAACAACAACAACAAACACAAUCGAAUUUAGCUAACUAUUAUGCAGCACAGCAGCAACAACAACAACAACAACAGCAACAACAUUAUGUUAUCAAUUAUCAUCAUACAAAUGGAAAUAAUCAAUAUAGUACAGCAACAUCACCUCCAACACCCACACAACAACAUUAUCCGACAAGUACUGAUAAAACAUCUACUGCAAAAGAUCGACAUAAACGUGUUCGUUGUAAGCAAUGUGAACCAUGUUGUCGUGAUGAUUGUUCUGAAUGUGUACAUUGUAAAGAUAUGCCAAAAUUUGGUGGUGUUGGUAAAAUGAAACAAUGCUGUUUAACAAAACAAUGUAUUGCGCCAAUAUUACCAUCAACAGCUUCUUGUCAAAUAUGUUCAAAAAAGAAAGGUUCACGAAAAUUAUCACAACUAAAACCAGAAGAAAUCCUAUAUGAAUGUGAACGUUGCAUGGAAAUACAUCAUUUACCAUGUUUUCAUGUAUGUUAUAAAAGUGCCCAUCCAGAUACGUCUACAAGUGAAGGUGUAUUUAGUGAUGAUAUACCGGAAACAUGGCUAUGUCCAAAAUGUAUCACGGCAAAUACACCUGAACCACCUUUGUAUAAAUUACGACCCAUUGUACGACGUACAUUAGUAACAACGAAUAAAGGUAAAAAUGGACUGAUCGAAUUACCUUAUAUAGAUCCUUCUCAACAGCAACAGCAACAGCAGCAGCAGCAAAUGAAUGUUAAUCAUCAUCUUUUGCAACAACAACAACAACAACAACAACAACAUCAUUCAUUAGCUCAACCGUUACCGAUACCACAUAGUGAACUUCAUCAUCAUAUACAUCAUGGACAUUUAGAUUUACAUCAUAUAUAUACAACCGGUGGUGGUAAUUCAAAUUCGAAUAUUAAUCUUGGUGGACUUUUACCAAAUCAUAAUGAUUUACAUUGUGAUUUGUAUACAGAUCCAUAUGAAGUAAUGGAGAAUGAAACAAAAAAACGUCGUCUUUAUGCGACUAUGUAUGCACCAAAUGGUACUAGUGAUUCAUCUGGAACAACAGCCGAUCCAUCGUCAUCUAUAAAUGGUAGCAGUGGCAAUAAUGGUCUUGUUGGUCUUGAUGAUCUAUCGACAUCUUUAAAUGAUUCGGAUCUAUAUGUCCCACAAAUGUUUGCUGUUUAA